AUGGCCAGCGCUGAGAGCCCGGCCAGCGGCCGCGGGGAAAUCCCGGGAAAGGACCCUCAGACUCAGACGGCCCCGGUUCAGAACGCUCAGCUGCUCGGCGAAGGUAGUCCUGGAGUUCACCGGAUUGAGAUUAUUAACUCGCACUUCCGUCUUGUUGAUCGCAUCUGUUUGUUUGCCAGUGUGUUCCUCAUCGCCUACGUUUAUGGUCUAGAUGGAACCGUUCGGUACACCUACCAGCCCUAUGCUACUCAGAGUUAUGGUCAGCACAGUCUCCUCGCCACGAUCAAUGUUCUCCGCGCUGUCAUCGCCGCCGCUGCUCAGCCUACCGCUGCAAAGAUUGCCGAUGUCUUUGGCAGAAUUGAACUCAUUAUUGUCUCCGUUGUCUUCUACACGGUCGGUACGAUUAUCGAAGCAUGCGCGAAAAACGUAGAGAGUUUCUGCGCCGGAGCUGUAAUCUACCAGAUCGGAUACACUUGUAUCAUGCUGCUUGUCGAGGUCCUUAUUGCGGAUUUGACCUCUACUCGCUCUCGUCUAUUGUUCUCAUACAUUCCAGCUCUACCAUUUAUUAUCAAUACAUGGAUCAGUGGUAACUUGACCGCCGCUGUUCUCAAAGUCACAUCUUGGAGAUGGGGUAUCGGCAUGUUCGCCAUCAUUUACCCUGUAUGUGCGCUUCCUCUGCUCACAGUCCUUUUCAUCGUCCACCGUCGCGCAAAGAAAUCUGGUCAGCUGGAAUCUUAUAAGAGCUCUUUUGAUCUUAUGGGUGGUCGUCAACUUGCAGUCGCGCUUUUCUGGCACCUGGAUGUCAUUGGCUUACUCUUGAUGAUUGCCAUAUUCGCCUGCAUUCUCGUUCCAUUCACGCUCGCCGGAGGUGUCAAAACAACCUGGGGAACGGCAAAGGUCAUUGCGCCCCUGGUUAUCGGUGUCCUGUUGAUCCCAGUAUGGGUCUUUUGGGAAAAGAAAUGCAAAUACCCAAUGCUUCCUUUCAAGCACCUCAAAGAUCGUGGCGUAUGGGCUGCCCUCGGAAUUGCUGUUAUGCUUAACACAGCAUGGUAUCUCCAGGGUGAUUUCUUGUACACUGUACUCUACGUGGGAUUUGACGAGUCGAUUCUCAGCGCGACACGCAUCACCUCACUGUACAGUUUCACAUCCGUCAUCACCGGAACUAUUUUAGGUUUCAUUAUCAUAAAGGUCCGCCAGCUGAAGCCUUUCAUCAUCUUCGGAACUAUGUUAUUCACCGUGGCCUUCGGUAUCUUGAUCCACUUCCGUGGUGGAAGUGGACAUGAAAGUCACUCUGGUGUGAUCGGUGGACAGAUUCUGUUAGGAAUAGCUGGUGGAUGUUUCCCUUACCCUGCCCAGGCUAGUAUCCAGGCAGUAUCUAAGCAUGAGCAUCUCGCUGUCGUCACCGGUAUCUUCCUUGCAUCUUACAACAUCGGAAGUGCCCUCGGUAACACAAUCUCCGGUUCCAUCUGGAACCAAGUACUUCCCGGAGAGCUGAGCCGCAGACUCGGAAACGAGACACUCGCCGCAUCAGUCUACGCCGAACCACUGGUGUUUGCAGCUGCGAACCCCGUCGGUACCUUUGCCCGGGAUGAAGUGAUCCUUGCCUACCAAACGACCCAGCGACUCUUGUGCAUUACGGGAAUUUGUCUGACGGUCCCGCUUAUUGCGUUUGCUCUUUGCCUGCGGAAUCCUAAGCUUACCAAGGAGCAGAGCUUGGCUAAGGCUGAACAAUCGUCUGAUAGCGAAGGAAGUGUUGUGCACAAUUAG